CCCCCCCCACCCGUCCUGCCCCUUCCACUCCCUGCCCCUCUUCCCGCCUAGCCUCCCCUUCCCGCCUGGCAGAGAGUCCCAUAGCCCGAGCGCGCCAUCAGCCACGCCACCAUGGAGCAGGAUCAGCCCGUCCCGGAGUCGCUCUCCUUCAACCGCCACAUCAUGGAGAUCCUCUUCCACCCGACACAUGACAUCAUUGCUGCCGGGCUGGUUAACGGUCGUGUGGAGAUCCACAAGUACGCUUCCGACGGCUCGGAGAAUCAGCAGCUUCACGCGCUCAACCAUCACCGGCGCGCCUCCUGCCGAGCCCUUCUCUUCUCGGAUGAUGGCCGCUUUCUCUUCACCGGGUCCACGGACCGCACCCUCCAGGCGGUUGAUGUCGAGUCCGGCCAGGUGAUGCUCCGUCAGGCCCAAGCUCACCGUGAGCCAAUCAACCUCCUCCAUCGUAUUAAUGACCACAUGAUUGUCAGUGGCUGCGACGGCGGCACCGUCAAUUUUUGGGAUCUCCGUUCGCGAACCGUCGUCUCCUCGCUUGAGGUCGCGUCGGACUUCAUCUCUGACGCGGUCUUCAAUGAGACCCAUUCGACCCUUGUGACCACCAGUGGCGAUGGCACCCUGUCCGCGAUUGACACCUCGCAGCGUAAGCUGAUCGCCACUUCCAGCCAGAUGGAUGACGAGCUCCUUUCCAUUCAGAUGGUGCGCGAUGGCCGGCGCCUGGCGGUCGGCACGCAGUCCGGUGUCAUCAACAUUUGGGACUGGGGACUGUGGGGCGACCACAUUGACCGGUUCCCCGGGCACCCGGAGUCCGUGGACACCAUGGUCCCUGUGACGUCGAAUCUCCUGCUGACCGGGUCGUCGGAUGGCCUGAUCCGUGUGGUGUCCGUCCACCCGAACAAGCUGCUCGGUGUGGUCGGCUCACACGAGGACUUCCCGAUUGAGCGCCUGCGCGUCGAUCGCCAUGGGUCCCUCCUGGCUUCGGCCAGUCACGACCAGACCAUCCGCUUCUGGGGGGUGGACUUCCUGCGAACUGAUGGCGGAUCCGCCGCCGGGGAGUUUGAUGACUCCAACCUCAACCCGAACUUCCAGCUGGAGGACGAGUGCAUGUCGGUGUCCGACGAGAUGAGCUGCGAUGACGACGGCGAUGACAGCGACAGCGACAGCGAUGACGCCGAGUUUGCCAAUGGCGUCGUCGGCCAGCCCCUCUCCGCGCCCUCGCUGGCGACGGUCAGCAAGCGCAUGAAGAGUCGCCAGGGGAAGGGCUUCUUCGGAGGCCUGUGAUAUGGCGGCAGUUUCAUGUUCCCGGCCAUUUCCCCCUUCCUCCUUCCUCCCAAGACACCUGAGGAGGGCGGCGGCUGGCCGCGCGCGCGACUGCUGCCCCUCGCCCAUGCUUUUCUCUCCCUCCCGACCGGGGUCCUUUCCCGGUGGCCAGCGUGUGCACGCGCCCGCACUCGUCCUGCCCCCCCCCCCCCUUACAAAUACACACAUGUGCAAUCCUGCUCCCGGC